AUGGUCAAGCUACAAGUCAUCACUUCUGCUCUGAGCCUUGCCUCCUUGGCAUUUGCAGCAGCACUGCCUGCUCCUAAUGUCCCUACUUGCAAGAAGCCUGCAAAGCGGCUCGAAUGGAGACAGAUGUCCAACAGCGAAAAACGCAGCUACCUCAACGCCGUCCUCUGCCUACAAAAGAUCCCCUCAAUCACCAGCUUCCAGUAUGCUAAAAACCGCUACGACGACUUCCAAGCCAUCCACAACGACCAGGGCGACUACAUCCACUGGGUCGGCUUCUUCCUCCCCUGGCACCGCUACUUUGUCUGGGCCUACGAGCAAACCCUCCGCAACGAAUGUGGCUACAAAGGUGCCCAGCCCUACUGGGACUACACGCUCGACGCCGACCCGCAGAACCUAAACUCGACCCGCAUCUACGAAACCGAAAUUUUCUCCCCAACACUCGGCUUUGGCGGCAACGGCCCUAGAGUCGUGCCCACACCCGAGCAAAACCCGCUCGGCGUCAACAGCACCGGCGGCGGCUGCAUCCAAGACGGCCCCUUUGUCCCCGCGAACUUCAUGCUCAACUUCCCGGGCCCCGAACCACAGUGUCUCCGCCGCGACUUCAGCCCCAACCUGCUCAACCGCGGCGCAGACCCAAAGGUCGCCGAGGACAUCCUCUCCAAGCAAACCUACAUCGCAUUCGACCGCGCGCUCCAGGGUGCAAAGAACUUCAUCAACCCCAACAUCCACGCCGCAGGCCACUUUGGCGUCGGCGGCGUCUUUGGACAGGCCGGUGACGUGAAGAAUUCGCCUGGGGAGCCCUUGUUCUGGCUGCACCACGCCUCGAUUGAUCGGCUCUGGUGGCUCUGGCAGCAAGGAGAUCUUGCGACGAGGAAUCUUGAAGUCGGCGGCAAUCUGGUGCCCGAAGUUUACGACGAUGAGACAGAGGUUACGCCCGAGUUUGAGAUCAAUUUGGGGGCUGUUGCGGGGUCCGUCAAGUUGGCGAAGCUGCUGAAUACGAAGGGAGACCUGUUUUGUUAUAAUUAUUAG